AAUUCCAUUGGCAUGGGAGUCUUUUUCCACUUUUUAAAACUAUUUAAAAUUAAUCAAGAACCUCAUUUCCAGUCAAAAUAGAGAACUCAAAUCGAACUUGUCAAGCAAAAGUGAAUUGACGCGCGAUACAGCAGAGCCAAGAGACUUGCAACGCUGAAUCAACAGGGAGAGCAAUUGAUGGAGAAAGAAGGAAAGAAGGCAGGCCGUUGGGUGCUUGUCCUAUACCCAUUUCAAGGCCACAUAAACCCUAUGCUCCAGCUAGCCACUAUCUUACACUCGAAAGGCUUUUCAAUCAUUAUAGUUCACCCUGAAUUUAACUCUCCUAACCCUUCAAACCACCCUGAAUUCACCUUCAGACCCAUACCAGACAAGCUAAGUGAAUCCAAUGUCUCCCUUGGAGAUUUUGCGAAUCUCGUGUUGACUCUGAACAAACACUGCUUAGCUCCAUUUCAGCAAUGCAUGAAUCAAAUAUUGCAUGAGAAAGAUUCGACCGAUCAUGUUGCUGGUAUCAUCUAUGACACACUAAGUUACUUUGCUCAAUCUGUUGCUGAUGAUCUCAGGCUUCCUGGGAUUAGUGUGCGUACUAGUGCUGCUGCCACGAUGCUAGUUUUUGCUGUCUUUCCCAAUCCUGAUAAGGAAGGUUAUACUUCUUUUCCAGAUUCUAUUUCUGAAAACCAAACACUAGAGGUAGACCUUCAAAUCCUUCAGCUUCAACAAUUGCUUGCAUCAAUAUUACGAAAUCCAACAGAUGCCAUGUCAAAGUUGAGAACUGAGGUGAUACAUGCCACAAAGAGCUCAUCAGCCAUCAUUGUGAACACAAUGGACUUCCUAGAAGAAGCAGUAUUGUCAAAGAUCAAAGAAUACUUCCCUUCUCCAAUUUUCCCAGUAGGGCCGUUUCACAAAUUAGCUGCAACCAGGUCCAGCUCAUUACUCAAGGAAGAAACCAACUGCCUUUCUUGGCUUGAUAAACAAGCCCUGAAAUCUGUUCUCUACGUCAGUUUUGGUAGCAUGGCUACCAUAGAUGAGCAAGAACUAAUCGAGACAGCUUGGGGACUAGCAAACAGUGAGCUGCCAUUCUUGUGGGUGAUUAGGCCUGGUUUGGUUCGUGGGUCGGAAUGGAUUGAGUUAUUGCCAAAGGAUUUCCUAGAUAGAGUUGGAGAAAGGGGUUGUAUAGUGAAAUGGGCACCUCAGAGAAAGGUGUUGGCGCAUAGUGCAGUGGGUGGGUUUUGGAGCCAUUGUGGAUGGAAUUCUACUCUUGAGAGUAUUUCUGAAGGGGUACCAAUGCUAUGCAGGCCUUUUGUAGGAGACCAACUCUUGGACUCAAAGUACAUAUGUCAUGUUUGGAAAGUAGGCCUGGAACUUGAGAAUAAUAAUUUGGAAAGAGGGAAGAUAGAAGAAGCUAUAAAACGACUAAUGUUGGAUGUAGAAGGAGAGAACGUUAGAAAGAAUGCCAUGAAUUUGAAGGAGAAAACAGAGCUUUCACUGACAGAGGGAGGUUCUUCCAGCAAUUAUUUGAACGAUUUAGUAAAGCAUAUAUCAUCAAAUUGAUUACAAGAGAUGAAUUUAAUCCCUUAUGCUUUCUUUAUUCCCAUGUACCAAACAGAAAUAAUGGUUCUGAACUUCAAUUGGCAGCUGUGCCACUUCUUUUCAAA